ACAACUUAGAAAGAAAAGCUACAUAUUUGUAAAACAAAGCAUCUUACUUAAACAAGAACAAUGAAUCUUUUCUAUGGCUUGAUUUGGACUUUAUUCCAUGUUUGCUGGAUGCUGGAGCCUCCUGAAUUAGUGAUUUCAUUUUCACCCCAUGGGGGCUCAGCGACUAUCCGCUGCAAAUAUAGAGGAGGGGAUGAAGAAGCUGUCAAAUAUUGGUGCAAAGAAGAAAAAUUUAGAUUCUGUUCUCGUAACCGCACCAUCCGAACAACAGGAUCAGAGAAAGAGGUGAAGCAGAAUGGAAUGUUCAUCAAAGACCACCAUGCCCUUCGUGAAUUCAGCGUGGUCAUGGAGAACCUCACUCACAAUGAUGCUGGGACUUACCUAUGUGGGGUGGAGAGAAGAUAUGACAUCUGGCAACCAGUGGAACUAAUCGUUAUUGCAGGUGCAGCCAAGAUGCACAACACAAUACGUGGGAUUUUCAUCAAUUUGGCCACAGAUAGAAAGUACAUCAUGCUUGAACUCAUGGAUCACUGUAUGUUAUUGUCUAUAGAUGAUGUUUCCACAACUACAUCUAGAAUCGAAGCAUAUAAAACAGUAGAACCAAGUGAACCUCCGUUAUCUCCUGAAAGAAAACUCAGAAACCUUGAUUUUAUCCUGCUCAUCUUCAAAAUACCAAUCUUUUUAAUUAUGCUGGCUGCUAUACUUUGGGUGCAUAUAUGGUACAGGAGAGGAAAACACCCCAGUGUCCCGAUUCCAGAAACAGAAGGAGCCAAAGGAUAACUAAUCAUUUCAUUCAAUUGCAUCAUUAACUUCCAGAUUUUCCAGUAGCUGUCACUUUCUCACCUUGGAGAGAUCCAAGAACUUGACCUGCUGAUUUUACACCAAGAAGUUUUAUGAGUGCUCAAAUAAUGAUGGCUGGGGCCAGGAUCUUCCCAACGACUUUACGAAAGACUCGGAGAGAAGAAAAAAAGCUUUGGUUAAUCUACAUCAUUCAAUGGUAAAUCAGCAACAUAACCAGAGAAAAUGCAUAGCUGAAGUUGAAGCUUUCAUUCUUCUUUGCUUAUGGACUCUUUUACUACCAAUUUGGGCACGCUCCCGUGUGUGCUUGCGCGCGUGUGCGACAAUUCUGCUCAUGCACAAAAGUGUCCAGGCGGGUGGGCAGAGCCUCCCACUAUCACUACUACCGGUUCGGCCGAUCCGGACUGAACUGGCAGGAACCCACCUCUGUAUUUUACCCUUCUUAUCGCCCUCUUUCAUCUCCUGAACAUACUUUACAUGGUCUGUAGCUCAACUGUGCUUUUUCGAAAGGCAUCUGGGCUAUGCUUUUUCCCUUGAGGAAGAAGAUGUUUCA